AUGGCGUCCCAACACAUUCAGGUACUCACGCCGCCCUCCAAAGAUGCGACCGUCCAGGCCUUCCUCCAAAACAUGCGCGCCCACAAUGAGCCCGGGAGCGUCCCGCUUGUCUUUGGCGGGGGCCAACUCCAUGCGGAAAUGCCUCUCCUCCUCAACGUGCCUGGCGCGCCGCUCCCGUGCAGGGAGCCGGGGGCCGACUUCGAGGCCGUCAACGCCCACUUUUCAGCCCAAGUGCACGCCUUUUUCAACGGUCUGCACGAGAUCGAAGACAUGGCAGCCAAGCAGUCCCCAGACGAGCCAGCCUUGAUCGACGCUGAUCGAGGUCUUCAGCCCGGCAUCUACAUUGGCAACCAGGUAAUCGAGUCUGAUCCCGACGCAUGGGGUGGUGACCGCAACUGCUUGCACCGUGCCUUCCAUAGUCGCCGCCUCACCGUCCAGAACGUGGAUAGCCUGCCUGUCCUCAACUGCGUCACCGACCUGCUCAUCGUACCCGAAGAGGCGUUUACCGGGAAACCGUUUGGUAUGCGACCCGUCUCUAUGCGCACCCCCCUCGAUCUCGCUACCCGCCUUCCUCAGCUCCGCCGGCUGCUCUGCCCCUGGCUUGGGGAGCACUUCCCCAUUCCCUUCACAUCUAAGGCACUACGUAUCAUUUCCCGCGUCUGGGCAGGUCCUUGGCGCGACGACCGCGCCGAGUUCGCACGGGGUGUGCGCCAAGCCAUGCCCUUAUUGCCGUCCUCCCUUACCAAGGUCCGUCUUUGGUUCUGGAGGCCAAACCCGUAUUGCUGGGACGAGAUGGAUCAAGCGGAGCAGUUACCUGACCUUAUUGGUACGUCGUCGUCUAUAAAUAACGAGUUUAAUAAUGUAGACCCUGUGUCUCUUGGGCUGCGGGAGCUAGGAAGUUGCCUGGAGGAACUGGAUACCUGCGCGCUUAUUACCCCCGAUCUUUUCCCCUCUGGGAGCGACGCUUUGUUAUGGAUACGCAUGCGGUACCUCCGGAUAGAAUUCCAUCCGUAUGCGCCCGACGGCAGCUGGUACUUUUCCGGCCCACGAGGGGAAGAUCCCUACCCAAUAGGUUUCGCUAUCACAAGAGAGGAGCACUACCCGCCGGGCCAGGAAAAUGACGACGAGACGCACGAGUUGAUGUCGGAGGAGAAGGACGAGUACUGGGACGACGCACCGGACAUAUACGAUCUCCGCCAGCCCGACAUGUUUCGUAUACACCCUAUUGCGGAGCGCGUUAACCCUUUACUCUUAGCGUUUGCCUUAUCUCUGCAACGGCAAAAUAUGCCCUCCCUUCAAGACGCCGAGCUGUUUACCUGGCUUACGUGGCGGCCCUCUAAUGAGCGGGCCGAAGAGUAUGAAGGGAGUGAUGAGGUGCCUCCUUCCUCGGGUGUGGAGGGGAUUUCGAUAAUGUUCCGAUGGGGGGUGAGAUAUGAGGCGCCCGCUGCUGGAGGAGAUGGGAAAGGAAAGGUGACGUGGCAUGUCGGUGAGGACUGGAGGCCGGACGACGAAGUCAUUAGGGCGUUUGAGGAUCUCGUGGGCGGACAAGACGGGGAGGGCAACAUGGUGUGGAAAGCACUUGAGUUUGUGGAAGAGAGGGAGCAAGACCCUCAGGACUUUCUGUGA